UCAAUGAGGGAUGUGGGAGGCCGGAGCAUUCCUGAGCAUUGACGUGGUGGAGGCUGCACUCUCUGCAGCCAUGGGGCCCUGGCGCUGCCUGCUCCUGCUGCCGCUCCUGGCCCCGGCCCUACGAGCCCAGCAGCAGCAGUUCAUGGAGUACGUGGAGCGGCGCCUCACCCUCCUCGAGGAGAGGAUCUCCCAAUGGUACGAGCAGAGCAGCCGCUACUCCUCAGAGCUGAGGGACUUCAAGAACCAGGUGCUGGGGAUGCUGGAGACGGCUGAGAAGGAGCGGGAGGCUCUGCGGGCCGAGGCCGAGGCCGCAGCCGUGCGCAUGGAGCGGCUGGAGCGGGAGGUGGAUUACCUGGAGACACAGAACCCGGCACCCCCAUGCCUGGAGGUGGACGAGGCGCUGAUGGAGAAGCAGGUGGCUACAGCCAAGCAGAGGAAGAAUGAGAAGUACAGCAAGGUCACAGACUGCAGUGACACCAUCGGCAGCAUCAGAGCCAUGAAGAUCCUGAAGCGCUUUGGGAGCUCCUCGGGGCUCUGGACCAAGGAUGCUGCAGGGAGCACGGAGAAGAUCUACGUCCUGGACGGCACCGCCAACGACACCGUCUACGUGUUCCCCCGCAUGAGGGAGUUCACCCUGUUCUCAGCCACCCGCAAGGCCGCGCGCAUCAAGCUGCCCUACCCCUGGGUGGGCACCGGGCACCUGGUCUAUGACGGGCACCUCUACUACAUCCGCCAGCAGGGCUCCUUCCAGGUGAUCAAGUUCAACCUGGCCAACAAGACGGUGGUGGACAGCUCGGUGUUCCCGGCCGAGGAGCAGAUCCCUGUCUUCGGCCUCUCCCCAUUCACCUACAUUGAGAUGGCUGCGGACGAGGAAGGGCUUUGGGCCAUCUACGCCACCAAGGAGGACGAGAAGAACAUCUGCCUGGCCAAGCUGGACCCGUCCUCGCUGGACAUCGAGCAGAUGUGGGACACCCCCUGCCCAAGGGAGAACGCGGAAGGAGCCUUCGUGGUGUGUGGAGCCCUACAUGUGGUGUACAACACGCGCCUGCCCAGCCGCUCCCGUGUGCAGUGUGUGUUCGAUGUCAGUGGUACCUUGUCCCCCGAUGAUGCCUCCCUUGUCUACUUCCCCAAGCGCUAUGGGUCCCACUCCAGCCUCAAGUACAGCCCCCGGGAGAGGCAGCUCUAUGCCUGGGAUGACGGAUACCAGAUCAUCUACCGCAUGGAGAUGAAGAAGAAGCUGGAGCUCUGAGGUGUGCUGCACAUCUGGACACCUCGCGCCCCACAGCACCGGAUCCCGUCACUGUGACACGAUGGAUGCUGGGUACCCCCAUGUGCAUCUGUGCCCGGAGCACCCUGCAGGAACCCGCUCUUAUUUAAUGAGGUGUUCUUCUCUGUGAUGUGAUGAAUAAAGGCCAUGCAGCAAGCUGCAGGCACUGCUU